GCUCGAUUCGCUCGCAGCGAACCCAUUGUCAGUCGGUCGUCGGCGGUCGUGUGGUGCGUGUCUUGUUUCUAUCUUCUCUCACUUGCUCGCUCACAUACACACACUCUCUCUCUCUCUCUCUCCCCGCUCGUGAGCUCUCAUUCACUGUUCUCCGGCAUUCAGCAGCUGUUGCGCCUCCCGAGUUCCUUCCGGCGAAGAGUCUCCACCCCCGAGAGGGACCGCCCGGGAGUACCGGAUUUCUUCUCGCCAACUCGACGCGGCAAUCCCCCGCGACUACGUGUCGUCGACGAGACUCUUUCUCUCGUAGGGUUGAGCGGUGUGCGCGAAUCUUCGCACGGUUAUCCGUAAACGUCGUCCGACGUGUCGUCGUCGAUCUGCGCGAACCUGAGCGAAAGAGACGACGGAGAAGAGUGGAAUGGACGAAAGUGCGAGUAGAGCGGAGUGCUCGUGGUUCCACUUGGCGGAUCUUCCUCUCUCGGUCCUCUCUUUCUCUUCCUCUUUCGCUCUCUAUUUCUCUCUCUCUGUCUUCGAGGACGACGCGACUCGUCGUCGUUGAUGCCGUGCCGGGCCGGGAGAGAAUGCGGAUUCGAGCGUCGCGACAACCGCGACGACGACUCGGGAAGCAGCAGCUCAGCCACGACGGACCUCGAGAACGUUUCUCGCGAGUGCCCACGGGACCGUCCUGCGGACUGUUGUGCUCGCGCGUGAGAGUGCGUGCCGUCGCUACUGACUGCAGAUUUCGUCGGCCACGGCGGAAUCCACGUUCUUUUCUGCCAGCCCGCUAGUCCUAUGAAUUUUCAGUGGGGAUGAAGCGCGUGUCGCGAGGGCGAGAGGAAGCGGACGCGGAGCAUUACCGAGCCCCAUCCUCGCUAAUGGAACGCCCUCGUCGAGAGUGCCACCACCUCGCGCGGGCUGGGCAGUGCGGAUCACCGAGGCGACUCAUACCCCAACGUCAAGCCAGCGUCCAUCGGUCCCAGGUACACCACCGACGGCCGUCGAACAAUGGGCUAGCGAGCGGGCGGCACCGGUUUGGACGGGUCGUGCCUCAUCAUCAUCAUUAUCAUCAUCACCGUCGUUAUCAACAACCGGAGCAACGCCGGUGUCAAACGCACAGCUCGCGUUCAUCGGCGGCGCAGCGGACCGAGGAGAAAUCCGCGGACCACCAGCUAACACCGCUGGUAUUAUCCGUCUCGACGAGCAUCGUCGGGAGGAGAGGGAGGAGCUGGAGGCGACGAAGAAGGUGGAGCAUCGAGCGCAGCAGCAGUGUCGUCAGGAUCACUGGCAGCAGCAGCGUCCGGAGACGCCUAGCCUAGCAGCAGCGGGCCGUCUUGAACUGAGAGGUCGGCCGAUGUCGCGUAACGAUGCGAUACCGCCGCUCACGCGGCGCCCUUCCUCGCGAGCGAGCAAUGCCACCACCACCUCCGGCAGCACCACCGGCGGCGGUGGUGACGAUUGCGGCACCGGCGAGGACGCGGACCAUCACCCGCGCCAUCAUCCCGUCUUCGUCGAGGAGUGCGCGCACGAUCACAGCCGGCCGUUCCCGCCGCCGCGGCUGCCGUCCGGGCCGCCGCCACCCCCGCCGCUCCAGUCGAACGUGACGGUGCCCGGGACGCCGCCGCCGACCUCCCGAAUAGCGCCCCUCACCAUGCCCCUAACUCCGUUGUCGAGUUCCUUCCGGAGCAGGCCGGCCCUGCGUCGCCCGCAGCACGUGGAGACGUCGAGCGACGCGAAUUCCAGGAGCCUGCUGGCGUUGGACGCUACCACCGCGGCGGCGACGACCACGACGACGGCUACCACCACCACCACUGCUACUACCACUACUACUACGACGUCGUCGUCGUCGUCGUCGUCCUCGCCCAGGAGUCCGCUCGGCGAAGUGAGCUUAGCCACGCCGCGACCGGACGGCGAGCGGACCAUCAACGAGUACGUCGAGACGCCGUUCAAGCAUCCGUGCUGCAACCAGGAACGGCGCCUCGAUGCCGACAACAAGUCCGUCGGCGACUGUCCGAAGAUCGAGAGGAGGCACCAUCACAACCACCAUCACCUCAACCAUCACCACCACCACCACCACCACCUCCGGGGCCACGAAGGCGCGACGGACACGACGUUGGUGCCGACGCAUCGGUCGCGGGGCCGCGGCGCGAGGACUCACCACCAGGGUCUGCGUGGCUUCACCACCGGCGCCACCACCACCGGCGUCUCCUCCAUCGCCACGUCGCCGGCGACGACGACGGCGGCGGCCGGCGGCGCGGUCACGAAGCAACCGGUCUCCUUCACGAAGGAGCCCGCGAACGCGUUGGGGGGCGCGCGGACGCCCUACGAUCCGGCCGGUCUGUCGAUCAUAUGCGACUUCUGCGACAAGUGCCGGUGCGAGUCGUGCCGCGAGCCGCCGCCCUUGCCGAGCAGGUGGCUGUGCGACAACACGUGCCUCUGCUCGGCCGAGACCGUGCUGGACUACGCCUCCUGCCUGUGCUGCGUGAAGGGCCUCUUCUAUCACUGCGUGGACGGCGGCGGCGUCGCCAGCGGCGUCGACGGCGAGGAGGUGGCCGCCAGUUGCUCGGACGAGCCGUGCUCGUGCGCCGGCCACCGCCGGCUCUCCAGGUGGGCCUGCCUGGGCGCCCUGACGCUCAUCAUGCCCUGCCUGCUGUGCUACUGGCCGUUCAAGGGCUGCGUCAGCCUCUGCGAGGCGUGCUACGCGCGUCACGCCGCCCAGGGCUGCCGUUGCAACCCGAGCGCCAUCGGCUCCGCCGGCGGCAGGCAUCACCCGAUCGCCGGCGACAUCGGGGACUCCAGGGAUCCGGAGAAGAGGCUGUUGGACCCGGUCACGCCGGAACUCUGAGUGCCGACCCCGGCUUCCGGCGAGUUGCGCGUGAGAGCCUGAGAGAGAACACUGGGACUCUAGGUGGUGAGCUCCGUCGUCGGAUGCGCUC